AAUGAUUUAAAAAUUUUACUAAUGAUCUAAAAUUCCGUACUAUUGAUCUUUAAUGCACUAAUAUUAUUUUUUCCCUUUCCUCCUGCAGAGUGAACCCCCCGCGUCCCCGCAAUGGCGAGCUCCACGCUGAGCCUCAUCUACAGCAAUAGGCCGCAGCGGCUGACCCAGGUUGUGGCGACGUUGAUCGUGGCCUUGGGGCCCUUGGCGACGGGCUUAGGCAAGGGUUACUCCUCCCCCGCCCUCGCCUCCAUGCAGCUACCCCUUCCCGCCAACACCACACAGUCGUACUACUUCACCAUCACCGACGAGCAGGGCUCCUGGAUCGCCUCGCUGUCACUACUCGGCGCAUUCUUCGGAGGCGUCCCGAGCGGCUUCGCAAUGAGGCUGGGUAGGAAGAGUGUCCUUGCGAUGGUCUCUCUUCCCUUCGCUCUCUCGUGGCUGCUAACAGUGUUCGCCUCCAACGUGCACAUGGUGUAUGCCUCCUCGUUCAUGUGCGGCAUCUGCUCGGCCAUCGUGUCGCUUGUAACGCCCGUCUACAUCAGCGAGAUCGCCCACCCGGAGAUCCGCGGCUGCCUCUGCUCCGUGGCCAAGCUGACGGCCAACGUGGGCAUGCUGCUCUCCUUCCUGCUGGGCGUGUACCUGGAUUGGCGGCAGCUCGCCAUGGUGGCCUCCAUCGCCCCGGCGCUGCUGUUCUUGGCCCUUAUGCUCAUCCCAGAGACGCCCAGCUACCUGCUGUACCGAGGCCGCGACGACGACGCCGCCACCUCGCUGACGUGGCUGCGAGGCGGCCUGGACGUGACGCAGGAGCUGGACACGAUGAAGGCCAACAUUGAGGUCAUGCGGGAGGAGUCUGAGGUCACCUGCUACAGGGAAUGGCGUCGUGACCUGGUCAAGCCCGUCCUCAUUACCUGCGGCCUCAUGGUGUUCCAGAAGUUCAGCGGAGCCAACGCCUUCAACUUCUAUGCCGUGCCCAUUCUGAGCGAGGCCUUCGUGGGCAUCAACCCGUACAGCGCCGCCGUGGUGGUGGGCCUCCUCCAGAUCCUCGCGGGCAUGGUGUCCUCAGUCCUCAUCGACACCGUGGGCCGCCUGCCGCUGCUCAUCGCCUCCAACCUCCUCAUGUCGACGGCGCUUGCGGGCUUCGGCACCUUCCUCUACGUCACGGGCAGCGACAACGGCAUCGACGCCGCAGCCAAGAAUGACUGGAUACCUCUCACCUGUGCCCUCAUCUUCCAGGUAGCCUUCGCUCUGGGCAUAUCGCCAAUCUCCUGGAUAUACAUCGGGGAGCUGUUCCCACUGAAGCACCGCGGGUUGGGCGCCAUCGCCAACUCAGUGAGCUAUGCAUGUUCCUUCGUCAGCAUCAAGACAUUCGUUGACUUCAAGCUGGGGCUGGGGUUGUACGGGGCCUUCUGGCUGUAUGCGGGCUUCUCCCUCAUCGGCCUGGUGUUCACGGUGACCUUAGUGCCCGAAACCAAAGGGCGCGGCCUUCAAGAGAUGGAGAAGAACUAUCCGACGCAGGAAAGGUACACUCCAAUGUACAGUGAACAGGAGAGGGAGUACAGGGAACAGGGGAGGGAGAACAAGUUGAUACCUUAAGUCCCUUGUGUGUGUGUGCGUGUACGCGUGUGCACUUGGUGCGUUAAGGCGCAGCCUGUGGCCUUACAUUUCAGGGUAUCUCUCUGGUCCUGCCCUGGUGGGUGGAACACAAAUGUCCUUCGUGAGCCGUCGCGGGCGUGGCUCCGGUCCGGUGAUGUGCCUCAAGGUGUCGUGGCUGCGGGAAGGACGGCAGCUUCUCGGUGUGUGAACCUCUCAGUGACAACACAGGUGCCUUUCGAAGCCUUGUCUGCACCGUGUACCUACAUGACGUGUGGACAUACAGAUGUAUGCACCUCGCAUAAUACAUGGGUAGGAGAGAAAACAUGUGUACGGGUGUGUUUUAUGUAGACAUGGUGUGCACAUGGAACUGUGUGCAUCAGAGGACAGUGCACGAGCGGGAGAAAGAAUGUGUGUACCCAGGAAUGUGUAUGUGUUUUGUGUAGACACUUCUGUAUACUCAGUUAUUCGUUCAGUAUGUAAUAUUGAAGAAAGUUUCUAUUUUCUUACAACGCUCCCGUCUUGUGUUCGGGUGUAAAGACUUUUUUUUCCCUUUGAGACGCGUGACCUUCGUGCGGGUGCGUGUUUAUGUAUGUAAAUGAUGUACAUAUUCACCAAGACAAGUGUAAGAUUGCAUUAAUUUAUUAGACAGUAUUGCUAGUCUGUACAAAGAACAAAUGCCUUUCUACUAUAUUUCUCUAAACGUCUUUGUAGUGAUGCUUUAAGAACAAUAAGACCAAUGUACAAAGUUUGGAUAA